AUGGCAUCUAAAUUUCAAACACAAAAGUAUCCAAAAACACCACAUUUACCAUUCUCUCCCGAACAUCAAGAUGAUGAUGUUGUACUUUCCAAUCAACAUUGUACACAAUUUGUUGGUCAAGAAGUGAUUAUUACCGAAAAGAUGGAUGGUGGCAAUUGUCAAUUAUUUCAAGGAAAGAUCUUUGCUAGAACAACAAAUAAGGAGGCAACACAUGCAAGUUUUGGACCUAUCAAACAAUUAUAUUCUCAAUUUUCAUUUCUGAUACCUGAUCAUUUAGUAUUGUUUGGAGAGAAUAUGUACGGAAUUCACUCUAUAGAAUAUAAUAAUUUGAAAUCAUACUUUUAUUUAUUUGCAAUUUUAGAUUUACAAGAUAAUAGAUGGUAUGGAUGGGAUGAAAUGAUCAAUUUUAUUAAUGAUAAUGAUUUAUCGAGUAUGGUUCCAAUUGUUCCAGUUCUAUACAGAGGUACAUUCACUUCUCUUGAUGAAAUUAAACAAUGGAUGGAUGAAAGAAUUAAAGAUAAGAAGAUUAGUCAAGUCGGAGGAGGAGAAGGUCUAGAAGGAUUUGUUAUCAAAUCAACUCAAACAUUUGCAAACAAGGAUUUUGAACGAAAUAUUGCCAAGUAUGUAAGAAAGGGUCAUAUUCAAACAGAUGAAAAUUGGGGAAAAACAUGGAAAAGUGCUAAAAUAAAUUAUGAAUAA